AUGCAGCCCACGAGACCGCGAUUCACGGAUACUUCAUCCCAAGCAAGCGCGGUGUCUGCGCAGAGCUCACAGUCAGCGUCAGCUAAGACAGCCACCAAGGACCAGACGCCUCUCUUUCCUCCACACAACGUACCACGCGCAAGUGCUACGUCUCUUGUGUCCACAGAGGGUGCCACUGGUGAGAAGGCCAGAAGCUUGACGACGACAUCGGCUACUACAGCCUCACCAGUGGCAGCGUCGACUGUGGACGUGAAGCCGAGCGGUAACAAGCGUGCUAGUAACCACCCAGGCGACAAGGUCAGUGUCUCUACAAAAACCAGUGGCUUCGCUAAGCUUCCUGUGGAGCGGAAGAAGAAACGUCUUAAGAGCCGCACAUCUAGCGCUCCCUCAAACUCUGCGACUAAGCCAUCGUUCACUAUUCGCUCAGGUCUCGAACUCGCCCAGGAGGACCUCAAUCAGCCCACGCCAGACCUUCUCAAGAUGGUGGUGUUCACCCUCUUCGCUGCCUGCUUUGCAUCCUUGGCCCAAUAUGCAAACUAUUCCGUCAGUGUUCUGGAGCUCAAGCUCGGAAAGGGCAAAGCGAACGCCGAGCUGUCGAUCAUGGAAGCCAGUAUGAAGGUCUUGUUCAACUAUCUGACCACCAUGAGUGAGGACGGUGUGAAGCAUGCUCGGUGGUGGCCAGAGAGUAAGCUCCCGGGCAAAGACAGCGUUGUUUGUAUCCAGAAGGCCCAGGACGCCCAUGAAGCAGCCAAGCCGCUCAUGGAGAUUGAAGCAGCUCAGAGCCAUGCUGCGUUGAUGAGUGUCAUUUCGAUGCUGAAGGAUAUGAAGAAUGGCAAGGUUCUUAAUGACCUACCCCAUAACCAAGACACGACGAUGGCUGGUGGCAAGGCUGUCAAGGAGGACGUUCCGAUGGUGCAGGGCAACGGUGGCAAUACUGCGGCCGGCGUUGAUGUCUCUGGUGUCCCGUCUGGGGCUGGCUACCACACUCCAAGCACUCAUAUCGGCAGUGAUCUUGCUGCGGGUCUGCUGCCUGGUUCGACACUUGCUUUGAUCUUGGGCCAAGGUAAAAGCUCUUCGACUCCUCGGGAUGCCUCGCGCAAUAGCACAAGCAGCAAGUCCCCUGUCACUAAGCCUACACAACCUGAGAACCAUGAUACUGCUAUGGCGGUUGAUGGUCAUGAUGAUUCCGCGAAGCCACAGAACUUUGCCGUCCUGAAGCAGAAGAAUUCGAGUUGCGUCAAGCAAAUGGUCCAGCACCUAAGACCGCCAAGGCUGAGAUCUGAAGGCAACAAGAUGGACGUCGACGUUGCUGGCACAGGGAUCCAGAUCUCUAGUCGCACCCUUACUACAAUUAGCCCUGCAUUCGCAAGCACACCUAGCAACAGCGAUGACGCUCCCACCGAAUCAUUCCAGCCUCUGAAGAGCGCAACAGUCGACGAGGGCAUGCCUCGUAUGAAGUCAUGGAUGGUACGCAGCGAAGGCGUCGUUGAAACCCUGAUGAAGUCGCCGAAGGGCACCACCACCUCGUCCUUGCUCACAGACACCAAAUUCCUCAAAGAGCUCGAUUAUGUGGGCGAACGAAUCGAGCAGACCAAGACCCUCACCUGCAGUCUCAAGCGCGCAAUCCAUAGCAAGAAAUACCGCGCGCUCUUCAGGAUGCGACGCAAGAAGGUAUCAGAUAUGCAUGAUGUUCUCGAGAAGCUCAGGAUUCGCUACGACAGAUCGGCACCGCAGGCUUUGCAGAUGGCGGCGCUCUACAGUGAGGAGUUUCUAGAUGUCAUGGAUGCUAUGGAGAACGAGCGCGGCAUGACUAGAGCUCAGCAGAAGGCCUAUGACGCGGAGAAGUGGGCGGAGAUUGCUUGA